CAAAGAAUUAAGUGGUGACAAUGACACUGAAAAAACUGGCCUGUUGCAAAAAUCUGUGGAAGAGAAGGAACCAGAGCACAAGAUAAGUAAAACUUUGUCUGCGCUAUUCGGUACCCUGCAGGGUGAGGGGCUUCACAGUGUCAAACUGGGGGCCAGCAGGACAGCUGCUGGAGCUGUCGUGUGGAGUGGGGUGUUUGCGGGGUCUGGGCACAAGCAGGCUCGCAGAACGAGGCCGCCGUGUAACUCCACUGUUUCUUCAGUGAGUGAGUCCCUAGCUAGGUAUGACAAUUUGGAUGAGCCUGACAGGAAUUCAGAUACUGCUGUUGUUGAGCAGUCUGGUGGCAGUGUUUGCACUCCUCCGUGUGUGAGUGCUGAAAGGACACGGGCUUUCUCUGAAGGGGACAAGUGUCUUUCAUAUGCCCUGGGGCCUUCUGACCAGGGAAUGCAGGAAGAAGCCCCUGGAAAUAACCCUCUGUGCCACCACCCCGUCACUUGUAAAAGCUCUGUAAUAGAGGGAGAGUUACUGGUAAAUGUUCACAUCAGUUGUGGUCAUGAGAAUAAUGCUCCUGGUACGUCUGGUAGGGAGCCGAAGGGUAUGGAUCACAAACGACAAUGGAAUUCAAUAGAGAGCAAGUUUUACAGUAUUUGUGUUGUAGAUCCUGGCGGCCCAGACAUACAAGAUGAGCCGUGUGUUCAUGUGUGUGGAGCAGCUGCUGCUGAAAAGAGUCUCUCAGCUGUCACAUCUGAGAGGACUUGCAGAGGGACCUGGCCUCCAGACAACGCUGCCCAAGGGCCGUGGGAAGAGCUGUCCCCACGUGGCCAGCCGGGUCUAAGGGAAGUGAAGGAAGUCUCUAAUGAGCAAACUAAGCCUAGUUCUGAACUUUUGACUGGCAGUGACCCACCCUCUAAAGUAAACACUGGUGGCAGGCAGGCUGAGUCUUUCAGGGCAAACACUUAUACUAAGCUCCCUAAAGAUUACCCAGAAAGGACUAUAUUACAUAAUGUUGGCAGAAUACCUGAAUCAAAUACUAACAUAGACACUGACUCACUAGAAUGCGUGUGUGCCAUCCCUAGAGGAGAGAGCCACAGCUCAGCAGUAAGUCCCAUGGGUGACCCACGUGUUAAUGUAACUAAUGACAUUGCCAGUGUUGAACAAAAUGGUGACUUGGGUGUUGUAAACAUUAGUGUAGAUCAGAGCUUAAACUCUAAAAAGGCAGGAGACAGGAACUCUGUAAAACCUCUGACAGACAACAGUUGUUCCAGUUUAGAUGUUAGCGGAUCAGACAGGAAUCUCCCUUCCCUGAGUCUAGGUGGAAUGAAUUUAAGCUCGGAAAGGUGUAGCACAUCAGUGCACUUUGGAAGUGCGUGUCUUCCUGUUGGUGCUAAUUUCCAAGAAACAGUCUUUCACAGAUGUGAUAACCCCAGACCUGAGCACCUGGGGCCAAUGGUGACGGCUGGGCAGUAUGGUGGCGACCGCAGCCUGGGAACUGGGAGCAAAGGAGAUAUGUGUCUGCAACCUGAAAAUCGUUUGUCUUAUCAAGAUGAGGCUGAAAUGAGUGUUUCUGAAGAUGAAUGUUGUGGUAGAAGGGCUUUGGAAAGGAGGUGGUUGAGUCAGGUAGGCCUGUGGGCAGAUACUGGGGCCCGCAAGGCUCCAGCCCAGGCCUGUGACUUAACUCGUGCAGUGCAAGAAGCACCCAUGGAAGGUGUGAUACAGAGGACACACCCCCAGAGCCCCGGAGGCUCACAGGAAGUGGCCCAGAAUAGCCCCUCAGGUGUUCAGAGUAACUUUAUGUCCUCUGCAUUUCUUCUCACCUGCACCGAAGCAGAAGAGAGUGAAGUAGGCCCGACUCUUGAAACAGAAGGUAAACUAUGUGAGAAGAGUUCUGGGGGUGACCCUCACAGAUUAGAAAAUGCUGAAGAAGAUUCACUACAGGCUAAUCACAGAGAGGCAAGUAAAAACGACACAGAGAGUGUCACGUCAGACUCCAAAACAGUCUUUGAAUGGGAAGCAAAUAUGCUAACAUGUAAGGCAUUGCACGGUCAGGACCUACUGGCUUGUGUCAGUUCUAGUAUAACAAAAAACGCUGCUUUGGAAACAGAUCAAGUAGAACAAAAUGAUGACAGCCGUGGAGAGAACGACUGCAGACAGGCGGAGCUACCCCUUGUACGACCUGUGAGUUCAGUUGCACUGGCGGGUGCUGGAGAGACAUGCUCUCUUUGUGGUGGUGGCGGUGGCCAUGGAGGCCAUUCAGGACAGGAGCAGGUCUACGCACGCCCAAGGGAGGUCUCAGAUGCUGUAGGUCAUGGGGCUGCCGUGGGGCGCAAGGAGAAAGAGGGGCUUCCCUGGGGGAAAGACAACAGUGAAUCCAGUGGCAGCGACUAUGGAGGUCCGUGUGGGACAAGCAGACAAGCACACUGCUUCAAACAAAGAAAUGCCACAGCCACAGUUAAAGAACCCACAUUAAACCAUGGUGAAGUGGGUUUUGUGGGAAGUUCAAGGGUGAAUGGUGGAAAAAUGGAGUUAGGUGACACUCUUGCAGGGUAUUCCUGCUUGGAUCGUGCCCGAGUGGACAGACACACAGCUGCUCCUCAGGAUGUGCUGCACGCACUUCUCGUCAUUCCACCUGACAGCAAGGAAACAGAAGUGCCAAGUAGCGAGGACCAGGUUUUAUCGCUCUCAGAAGACAGUAUAAAUAGAUAUGAAGACCCUUUACAGGACCCUCUGCAGGGCUUCCCAGAGGAAUUGGACUCCCAGUGUGUGAGUGAACUUUCCUGCUACUUGGUGGGAGGGGUGGCCAGUCACCUGUUGUCUGAACGACUGGCAGAUGGUUGUGGAUAUCCGGUGGGCUGUCUGUGGGCGAACGCAGAUGCACUGGGAGACAGACCCACACUUGGUGGGGACCUACACAGUCAGCCACAGGACCUCGCAAUGGCAUCAUUUUGGAUGGGAAAGCCCCCUCCUCAGUUACCAAUGGCUGAAGGUGGAGUUAUUUGGGGAUGGCAAAAUGGAGGUACACAGUUAGUACCAGCAGCCAAGGUUUCAGAGCUAAACCCCAAUGCAAAAGUAUGGGGGACACCUGUGUUACAUUUGGAGGCAGGUAGUACAGCGGACGGCGGUGUGAGCGCCACCUGGGAGAACACGCCCAGCCAUCGCCCUGACUGCGGCCAGGGAGAAUUGAAUGCCAAUGGCGAUGGUGACAGAAGUCAUGAGGAUGCAGCACUGUCAGAGUUACAGGAGUCAGACCAGACAGCCAUGAACACCGUGGCUCUGGACCACUCGGAGUACGAAUGUCCACCUGAAAGCAGCGAUGCGGGAGGAAAUGAAUCUCAGCCAGAAAUCCAGGAAGACCCCCGAGAAGUACUUAAAAAAACAUUGGAAUUCUGUUUAUCCAGGGAGAACCUUGCUAGUGACAUGUACCUUAUAUCGCAGAUGGACAGUGAUCAGUACGUGCCAAUCACCACUGUGGCUAACCUGGACCACAUCAAGAAGCUCAGCACCGACCUGGACUUGAUUGUCGAAGUGCUGAGAUCUUUACCUUUAGUCCAAGUGGAUGAGAAAGGAGAAAAAGUAAGGCCAAAUCAAAACCGUUGCAUAGUGAUACUCCGCGAGAUUCCAGAAUCCACGCCAGUAGAAGAAGUAGAAGCACUAUUUAAAGGAGAUAAUUUACCGAAAUUUAUAAACUGUGAAUUUGCCUAUAAUGAUAAUUGGUUUAUUACAUUUGAAACAGAAGCUGAUGCACAACAGGCUUACAAAUAUCUGCGAGAAGAAGUAAAAACUUUUCAAGGAAAACCAAUUAAGGCACGGAUAAAAGCAAAGGCAAUAGCUAUAAACACAUUUCUGCCAAAGAAUGGAUUUAGGCCCCUGGACAUGAGCCUUUACACACAGCACCGCUACACGGCGUCCUUUUACUUACCUCCCGUCUACAGCCCUCAGCAGCACUUCCCUCUGUACAGCCUGGUUGCCCCCCAGACCUGGUCAGCAACACACAGCUAUCUCGACCCGCCCUUGGUGACUCCAUUUCCAAAUGCUGGAUUUAUAAAUGGGUUCACAUCUCCAACCUUCAAACCCGCAACAUCUCCUCUGACUUCACUCAGACAGUACCCUCCAAGAAGCAGAAAUCCUGGUAAAUCCCACCUGCGCCAUGCCAUUCCCAGUGCGGACAGAGGGCCUGGGCUGUUAGAAAGCCCUUCCAUAUUUAACUUCACUGCGGAUCGCUUGAUGAACGGUGUCCGGAGCCCACAAACGAGGCAGACAGGCCAACCCAGGGCCCGUGUACAGAAUUCUCCGUCCUAUGCCAAGAGAGACGCUGGGGUCCCGCGGGUGGAGCAGGGCAGCCUCGAGUCCUCCCCCGGCUUAGGCAGAGGCAGGAAAAAUUCAUUUGGUUACCGGAAGAAAAGGGAGGAGAAGUUUACAAGGAGUCAGACUCAGUCUCCGACGCCACCAAAGCCUCCAUCCCCGAGCUUCGAGUUGGGGCUCUCCAACUUUCCCCCGCUGCCUGGGGCAGCGGGCCUCUUGAAGGCCGACGACUUGUUUGAGAACAGGCUGUCUAGCUUGCUAGUAGGCUCGUCAAAAGAAAGGAGCCUCAGCACGGAUGCUGGCGUGAGCACUCUUCCCUCAGUGACCCCCAGGGAGCCUCCAGGACCGGCCCCCUGCACCCUGUCGGCUGCCCAUGAGCGUGCCCCUUCCCCUGCCCACCUGCCUGAGGACCCCAAGGUGGUGGAGAAGCCGAGGGAAGCUCCGAGUGCAGACAGACUCCCUUCCGCCCCGACUACCACCGCGAGUAAAUCGGUGCAGGUGAAUGGUGUCACUCCGGAACUGCGAAAACCCAGCUAUGCGGAGAUUUGCCAGAGGACCAGUAGAGAACCUCCAUCUUCCCCAUUGCAGCCCCCAAAAGAACAAAAGCCAAACGCUGUCGGUUGUGGGAAGGGAGAGAAGCAGCUCGCCGAGAAAGAGCCCCCCGCCCCCAAGGCCAGCCCGGGGCCACCCAGAGACCAGAGGAGGCCGCUGGGCCCAGCCGUGGGGAAGCGUCUGCACAGAGAACAGAGCACGCCGCCCAGGUCCCCGCAGUGAGCGCCCAGGUCUGGGAGCUGCGAGGAGCUGAGGUCGUCACAACUGAGCACUGUCCCACUCGGCACCGAGAAUGAGCCGCUGGUUAGGAGCUUGCAGUGUAGACGAGGCUGUGAGAUGCCUGCAAGUCACUUCUUCUAUGAGUCGGAUUCCCCCCCCCCUUGGAAAAAAAUCUAUUUUUCAGGAUUUAAUUAAUAUAAACCUUAUUUUAGGUUGGUGCUUUUAACUGGAGGUGAUGCAUAAGUCUGAUUUUUUUUCAGGAUAGAAAAUGCAUUUAUCCUGACAAAUUGAUAUUUUUUAUUAUGCCUCCAUGUGGUUAUGAAUGCAAGCUAUAAAUAGUGAGUUUUUCUAAAUUAAGCGGAAGUGUGCUACUUCAUUUUUUAAAAUAACUGGUUAGCAAGUGCAUAUCUCUAAGGAUGUCCAGACCGACGGGCGAGGCUGAGGAUAGUAGGUUGAGGGCAUGAGGUGAUGCUGUAGGGUGUAGCCUGGAGGAGGGACAGGUCAGAAUCAGGCACACACUGGCCCAGGACGUGUACUGUCAUUCAGAAUCACAGCAAGUGACGGGAGCUUUUUGUAAAGAGCGCAGCCGCCUUUGAUCUACUGGGCAGAGAGCCCCGCGAGAGCCUGAAACCUUGUUUUGAUGCACUGCAAGCGAGUAACCAGCUCCUCACUCCAGUCUCAAGUGGCUAUUAUGUAAGAUAAAUUCAAAGCACAUUGUGAAUAGAACUUAAAUGAGAACAUAAACUGUGUUGUCCACUGACAUGUGACCGCAAAAUUGUACCCUGGUGUUGUCUUGCUCCGUGAGCUGGCGGGAAAGCUGGGGUCCUGCCCCGCUCCUGCGUCUCCCCUGUGUUAGCCGGCUCCCAUGGGCGCCUUCCCGAAACUCUGCGCUCUGCGUCGGCAGUAGAGCGGAGCGGACACCCCGACCUUGGGAGAAUGAUUUGGGUGCCCUGUGGUGGGGGGGGAUGAGAAUUCCCACUCCUUACCUCCAAGACCAGGGUCUCGGCGGCCCCUCCUGGAAGUGCUGCACUCUGAACUCGCCUGCACUAAAGCUAGCGGUUUGUGAUAAAGGUAAAUAUAAAUUAUUUUCUUUUAAAAUGCCUAAAUUUCUCCUUUGAGUGUAAUAAGCAGCAGCCAUUAAAAUAAGGAUAUUUCCUGCUACAUGUAACCAUACAGUUUAUUCCACAAAAUGUUAUUUAACAAGACUGAGGGUUUUUUUAAAAAAUUUAUUUCCAUCCAAUAUUUAAAGACUUGAAUUUUAUUUAAACUUGAAAAUGACUUUGCCUUAACUUUUGUAUAAGACAGCGUAGAGUUCUGGAGACCGGCCCUGGGUUGGCGUGAGUGGGUCACAGUUCCUCGGGCGCCCGAGAACUAGCAGCGUGCUUGCAGUACAGCUGACGAUCUCACACAGCUGAUCUUUUCUCAGAUUGUUGGAAAUCCUGGGAUGCAGAUGGUCGAUGCUGUUAAAUGUGUGCACUUGGGAGAGUGUGCUUCGCUUGUACAGUUGUAAAUACUGAGAACAUAUUAAAGGUACCCUAAAGAGAAAAUCUGAUAAAAAUUAUCGAUAUAUUAUAAAUGUUGCUAUUGACCUGAAUGUAGAUAAACUAAAUGUUGUGGUUUGAAUAUCAUUUUAAUUUGUUGGGGUUUUUUUUCCCUUUUAAACUGGUGUGUUGAACUGAUUCUGCCUCUUUGCCGCUGCAAAGGGGGACAGUCUCGUGAAAGCCUCCUAUGUGUUCACGCUCUUCCUUCAAGUAUGUAAAUAUGUGCUAAUCAGAGCUGGUGUGAGGGGUGCUUGGAAUAUAGUGGAAGGCAGGAACUGGCAGGAUCCUCAGGGGAAGUGAGAAAUAACCUACUACUGAAAGUCACCCUGCGGGGAGGGCUCGCCCCAGCGCAGCCUUGUGCUCACCUCCAAGUGCACAUAGCGCUACGGUCCGUAAAAGCUUGCGAAAGGAGUGUGCGCGUGGAGACAGCUGACAAAAAGCAGAAACAAGCGCCUCUCGCACCCAAACUAGCGAGCACUGUAAAGAGUGGGAGAGAUGCGCUCUGAGUCUAGGAGCUCCUUAGGGCCGCAGCCUUUGCUGGUGGGGGGAGUGGACAGAGUCUCCGCUGUCACCCUGAACCACUGAAGGACAAAGCUCUUUCCCUCAGGCGGGGGCAUGCUGGGCAGCUGGAGCUCCCGCUGCAGUUGCAGGUGGAACCAGGUGGUUCCUGAUGGCUCCUGCAGCCCCAGCCUGGCAUCCAGAACCUUGCCCUGGCGUGAGUUUUACAGUGUCCUUUUUAAUUAAGCAAAGGGGAUAUGCCAAAUAGCUGUAUAAUGUCCAAAAAACCACCUUUCUGAUACUACUUUGAGAUUUUCCAUUCACAGAAAAGAAUGGGAGUUGGCACAACAGGAAGCGGUGACACAGAUGGCAGCUCUGUCACACGCAGCAGUAGUAUGUGGCUUUUGUACAUUUUUUUAAAUGUCACUCUUUCCUUUCCCCCAGCAGUCCUUCGAGGUGUAGAAUCAGAUACAGCAGUCACAAAUGCCAUUUUAACAUGUACAACUGUGUGACGAUGCUUACUGUUUGGAAAUGUAGGAAUCUGGCCCCGUUUCUCCAGACAUGAGUUGCAGGUAGCAUAGUUGCUUUUUAAGACUUAGUGUCAUGAUGUUUGUGAUCAGGCCCUCCUAUAGUCGCAUCGCUGGCUGCCACCAGCUGUAGUCCGUUUGUCCCGAGGCCGGCAGCUGAGGAAGGUGUGAGCUGUGGGCAGGGUCACAGAGCAGCAGACAAUCGAAGACUGAGGGAGAGGGAGAGCUGGCAGCUGCCAGUUCACAGCACGGGGUGUGGCGUGCACGCUUUCUCGAGGGCUGUUGUUUCUGUUCUGUUCUUUUCAUUAAGACUGGAAUCAAACUUAUGUGUAAACUAUUGGUAAUUUAAGUUUCCUUUUGUGUCAUUCAGUGUAAAACUGUCAAAUUUGGAAAAAAUGUAGGUUAUGAAAAAUAAAGAUUUAGGCACUGUUCA